AGAAGCCAAAUCACUGAAUCAUAGAUUUAGAACUGGAAGAAACCGGGCAGCUAGGUGGUGCAGUGGAUGGAGCACCGGCCCUGGAGUCAGGAGGACCUGAGCUCAAAUCUGGCCUCAAACACUUAACACUUACUAGCUGUGUGACCCUGGGCAAGUCACUUAACCCCAAUUGCCUCACUAAAAAAAAAAAAAACGGGAAGAAACCUUCCAUCUUAUCUAGCUCAAUUCCCUUUGAUGGGGGGAAAAAAGUUGAGGUCUCAGGAGGGAAAGGGACCAAGGUCAAAAAGGUUAAAGAAGCAGAAUGAAGGAGCAGUUAUUAGGGAUUGGGUUCAGAUAAUAAUUGGACUCAGUAAUCAAAGUCUUCUCCAGUAACUGGGGUGAGCUCUCCUGGUCUCCCAGCUGCGUCCUUUGGGCUUCUAAUGACUGACUAGAAUGGGGAGGUAGGAGUUAAACCUCUGUCUUCCAGGGUCAGGCCUUCUAGCCCCUCCCUUCUUUGCCCUGACUGCCUAGCAACGCCUGAGCGUCCCUAGGCAGCCUAGACCAGGAGCACCAUGGCUUCCACUGCUCCUGGGCCCCCUGUGGCCAGGAAGGUGGUGGUAUACCGGAACGGGGACCCCUUCUCCCCAGGACGACGGCUGGUGGUCACCCACCGCCGUUUCCCCACCUUCGAGGCAUUUCUUAAUGAAGUGACAGCUGCUGUCCAGGCUCCUCUGGCCAUCCGUACCCUCUACACCCCCCAGCAUGGCCAUGUCAUCACCGACUUGUCAGAACUUCAGAGUGGUGGGGAAUAUGUUGCUGCCGGCUUUGAGCGUUUCCGGAGGUUGCCCUAUAUCUACCCUGGAGGGGAAAAACCAGGCAGGAAAAACAUCAGGUUCCCGGCUCCUCCAAGUCUCCAAAGACCAAAUUACAGGCCUCCUGGAAGGAGGAUCCCAGCCUUGGCCUCCUGCACAAUUCAGGUGUUCAGAAAUGGGGACCUGCUUAGCCCCCCUUUUAGCCUGCAUCUGUCCCUUACCUCCCGUCAGGACUGGGGAGCAGUGUUGAGGCAACUGUCUGAGAAGGCCAAGCUGAAGGAUGGGACCGUGAACAGACUCUGCACACUGGAGGGCGUUCCAGUGUUGGGCAGAGAAACCCUGGUGAAUGGUGGUUACUAUGUGGCUGUAUCAGAGGAUGACUAUAAGGCCCUUCCCUACCUAGAGCUUCUGGUGCCAAGUCCCUCCCUGCCUGGUGGCUUCUGGCGCCCACCAAGACUUGAGCCCAGAGCUUACAGGCAGAAGGCAGACAGCUUCUGGGCUCCAGGGGCCCAACCCUCCAAGAAGGAAUCAUCAGUUUACUUUGCCAAACCUAUGCUGGCCCGACCCCAUCUGAGAAGGCGCCCCCUCCGUCAGCCUGGAGAAAGGGGUGUGUAUGGUGCAGCCCACACCAGGAGGGAACUGGCAGGUGCCCAGGAAGUGGAGGAGGACAGCACUACCUUGACAGAAGUCCCUGUGGAUCAGGUAGGAGGGCUGUGUCCUAGGAAAAAACAGCUGUGGAUUCAGCUGAAGACAGUCCCACAACCUAGUCAAGUAAAGCAAAGCACUCAAAAGUGGGCAUCCAAAGCUCUGGGUUCUAAUCCUGGCUCUGCCCCCACACUCAAAUGGGUCUGUAUUGCAAUUAGCCUGGUUGUUCCCUGCAGUGAUACUGACCACAACACCCCCCCCCCCCCCGCCCCGUCGAGACUGGUGGCAUCUUCCGUAAUCUCACCACUAGGGCUCCAUCCUGUUAGAGGCCAGUACAGGGUUCCAGGGGAGCACUCGGGUGGUCUCCUAGGCCCUGUCACCUUGAGCAAACAUCGUUGUUGCACAGCGAGCCCGUCCCUUCUUCUGUACAGUGAAUUUGUUGAGCCAGAUGGUCUCUAG